AAUCAAAAUGAGAGCCCAAAUUGAGGUGAUACCGUGUAAGAUUUGUGGAGACAAGUCUUCAGGAAUCCACUAUGGAGUGAUAACAUGUGAAGGGUGUAAGGGUUUCUUCCGACGCAGUCAGCAGAAUAACGCAAUGUACUCCUGCUCGCGGCAGAGGAAUUGUCUGAUCGAUCGCACCAAUAGGAACCGCUGCCAACACUGUCGGCUGCAGAAAUGUCUGGCACUUGGCAUGAGUCGCGACGCGGUGAAGUUUGGCCGUAUGUCCAAGAAGCAGAGGGACAGUCUGUAUGCUGAGGUACAGAAGCAUCAGAAAUCUCAGGAGUGCCUAGGUGCCCUGGGUGGCAGCAUUGCUCGAGAGGAGGCGGGCGAAGACGGUGGUCACAGUCGGUCCUACAGCAGCGGCUCCAGCGCCACCCUCAGUGACCUGGACGACAUUGCCACGUUGCCUGACGGCCUGCUCUUUGACCUGCCGCUCACCCCAGAGGAGGCCAGCGAAUACUGCAGCCUGGAGCUGCUGGGGGGCGGGCCAGGAGGCGGGGGCAGUGCCAGCAGCAGCUCGUCCAAUCAAAGCUCACCACAGCCCAGUGCCUUGGAUGUGGCAGAUGGAGGGCGUGUCAAACACGAGUACCAGCUGCUGCCAGAGCUCAGUCUGCUCACACACACACUUCUGGGUUCAAUGCCAGAUGACUGCUCCCUGCUGGAUAUUGAGCGGAUCACGCAGAAUGUGGUGAAGUCACAUUUGGAGACGUGUCAGUACAGUGCAGAGGAGCUGAAGAGACUCACCUGGAAUCUGUACACACCUGAAGAGACUCGCAGUUUUCAAUGCAAGUCAGCAGAGUGGAUGUGGCAGCAGUGUGCCCUUCACAUCACUAAUGCUAUCCAGUACGUGGUGGAGUUUGCCAAGCGCAUCACAGGCUUCAUGGACCUGUGCCAGAACGACCAGAUCAUCCUCCUGAAAGCAGGAUGCCUAGAGGUCCUCUUGAUCCGCAUGUGCCGCGCUUACAACUCUACUAACAACACCAUAUUCUUUGAUGGCAAGUUUGCUACUGCUCAGCUCUUCAAAGCUCUAGGCUGUGAUGACCUCGUGAACGCAGUGUUUGAAUUGGCCAAGGGCCUGAGUCGGCUGCAACUGACCGAGGAGGAGAUGGCCUUGUUCAGCACUGCCAUCCUCCUGUCUCCAGACCGACCGUGGCUGACGGACAGCCAGCAGGUACAGAAGCUCCAGGAGAAGGUUUACCUCGCGUUGCAACACAGUCUGCACAUGAGUGGAGCGUCCACAGAGAAACUAGACAAGAUGGUGUCCAAACUACCACAGAUGAAGUCUAUUUGUCAUCUCCACAUCGACAAACUGGAGUUUUUCCGCCUGGUUCACCCAGAGACAGCGUACAGUUUCCCUCCUCUCUACAGGGAAGUGUUCGGUAGUGAAAUCGCCUUCCCUGAUUCAACAGACAGUUAG